CGGCUCCCGGUUAUAAGUCCUCCGCGGAAGCGCCCGGACUCAGAUGGUCCCCCGACGCCGAGGAUGCGGGUCAUGAGGCCCCCCACCCUCCUCCUGCUGCUCUCGGGGGCGCUGGUCCUGACCCCCAGCUGGGCCGGCCCCCACUCCAUGAGGUAUUUCUACACCAGCGUGUCCCGGCCCGGCCGCGGGAAGAUUCACUUCCUCUCCGUCAGCUACGUGGACGACACGCAGUUCGUGCGGUUCGACAGCGACGCCCCGAAUCCGAGGGCGGAGCCGCGGGCGCCGUGGAUGCAGCAGCCGUGGGUGGAGGAGGAGGACCCGGAGUAUUUCCACCGGAGCACGGAGAUCUUCAAGGCAGCCCCACAGAAUUGGUCUCACACCUACCAGAGGAUGUUUGGCUGCAACAUGGGACCCGAUGGGCGCCUCCUCCGCGGGUACAAUCAACACGCCUACGAUGGCGCCGACUACAUCGCCCUGAACGAGGACCUGACCUCCUGGACCGCGGCCGACAUGGCGGCUCAGAUCACGCAGCGCAAGUGGGAGGCAGAGGGUUGGGCAAAGAGGAUGAGGAGGUACCUGGAGGACCUGUGUGUGGAGUGGCUCCGCCUUUACCUGGAAAAAGGGAAGGAGACCCUGCAGCUCCCAGACCCUCCAAAGACACACGUGACCCACCACCCUGUCUCUGCC